AUGGACGACCCUCUGCAGCUGCGAGCUAGACGUCGCUAUCGAACAUUGCUGCGACAGGCACAGUCUUUAGAAAAACUUGGUCAGACGGAUGAGACACUCACUACCGAGCUUCAGAGGCUUGAGCAAGACUAUCCAAGCUUAAAAGAACGGGCGGGAUGUGUUGAGGGCGGGACCGGAUUAAGCGUGGAUCCUGUAAAGAGCCAAGAGACUUCUGAACCAAAGUUGACCUCCAGGACACCAUUCACUUUUUCCGCUGCUUCACCUUCAGCAAAGGAAAAACAUCACAACUAUGCUUCCUCUUCAGCGUCGCCAGAGGCGAGUGUUAUAGGUAAACCGAAGCACGCGGAUUGUGUGGGUGAGGAAAGAUCUGGCGCUGCUUCAUCCAUCACUGGGGGAGCUUCCUUUUUGUUCUGUGCCGCGACCAUAUGGAGUGAGGCCUACUUGCCGACUUCGUUUAGUGUAUUUUCCUAUUACCUUAUCACGCUUUUGACCAUUAUUAUUUUGCUGCUUCAUCGUUACGUUGUGGACCCGAGCUCUAUGCUCGGCCAAUUCAUCUCACCUGUGUUGUUUAGUUGCUUGGUUCAUUUGCGAGGCCUUUUUCUUAUUCAUUUGAAAACGCCAGGAAGAAUAUCCAGGGCAAUGCUGCUGGUUUACCUUUUUUUUGACCUUCUGCCCUCGAUGGUGUUUGUGUUUCUUGUGUACACGCUAACAUCAAUUGUUCUGGAACUGGUGGAGCACUGUUUUCUAUGGUAG